UAUCAGAAAAAGAAAAAACAGUUGUUUAACAAAAACAGAGUCUGCUGGUGAAUCAAAGAGUGGCGAGAAGAUAAUAGAGAAGGAAACUAUGGAAACAGGACAGGUGAAGUUCUCAGUGUAUCUUCAGUACAUGCGAGCCAUUGGCUGGGUGUAUUCCAUCGCUGCUGUGGUGUGUUAUGCUUUGCUCAGUGUCACAUAUGUUGGUCAGAGCUUAUGGCUGGCUGAAUGGACUAAUGAUGCAGUGACCUACUACAACAUGACAUACCCUGACUCUAUCAGGGAUACCAGGAUAGGAGUGUAUGCAUGUCUUGGAUUGGUGCAGGGUAUCUUUGCGUUCCUUGCUACACUGCUCUUAGCCAAUGGUUCAAUUGCUGCAUCUCGAAUCCUGCACUUAAGACUCCUCCGAAACAUAUUGAGAGUUCCCAUGGUAUUCUUUGACACUACGCCACUUGGAAGAGUGGUCAACCGCUUUGCAAAGGUAAAAUUUAGCUUGUAUUCUUCCAUAUCCGUUGUUACAUUAUGUAUUUUGUGUGAUCUUUCUUGCUGCAUCCAGAUUGGUAUAGUGGGCCGCACAGGUGCUGGGAAAUCAAGCCUAACAAACUGCCUGUUCCGAAUAAUUGAAUCUGCUGGAGGUCGCAUCAUCAUUGACGAUAUAGAUAUCUCCACCAUCGGCCUGCACGACCUGAGAAGCAGGCUCACGAUCAUACCACAGGAUCCAGUGUUGUUUUCUGGGAGCUUGAGGAUGAACCUGGACCCAUUUGACAGAUUCAGUGAUGAGGACAUCUGGAGAGUGCUGGAGCUCUCCCAUCUGAUGAACUAUGUAUUGGGGUUGCCUGAAAAAUUACAAUAUGAAGUCACAGAGGGAGGAGAGAACCUCAGUGUUGGGCAGAGACAGCUGCUGUGUCUAGCUCGAGCGCUGCUGAGAAAGUCUCGUAUCUUAAUCCUGGAUGAGGCUACAGCUGCUGUUGACCUGGAAACUGACAGCCUGAUUCAGAAUACCAUCCGCAAGGAAUUUUCGCAGUGCACCAUCCUCACCAUCGCCCACCGACUGCACAGCAUCUUGGACAGCUCCAGGUGAGUGACCCUGAAAAUGCUUUGAGGAGGUGUCCUGACA